AUGGCUAUCACUGGAGGGGCAGAUAUCGGUCCUAUUCUAGGUGUUGCCAAAAACAUCAUUGCUGGAGACAUGACAUCUUUUACCCAAGAAUUUUAUGCCCUCGCCAACUAUACCAAGGCCCAGGCCGAAAACCCCGACAACGCUUAUGACCCUAUAAAUGUUCGAGACACCUGGUUCUCUGCCGCGAACUACUUCCGCAAAGCCGAUAAUUACCUCCACGGCAACUGGAGCGAACCCCUUGUCAAUAGCCUGUGGGCGGAGCAGACUGCAGCGUUUGACAAGGGGAUAGCUGCAUUGCCUAUCCCUGGCGAGCGUGUCCGCAUUCCAGCCACCAAAGGAAACUUCACUGUUGAUGCCAUUUGGUACGCCGCAUCUGACAAUAAGAACGCUAAAUUGCCUACUUUGGUUAUCGGGAAUGGCUUCGACGCUGCGCAAGAGGAUUCUUAUCACAACUACGUCGCGCCAGCGCUGGCUCGAGGGUGGAACUGCAUAACGUAUGAAGGCCCAGGACAACCUACCGUGCGCCGAGAUCAGAACCUCGGUUUCAUCCCGGAGUGGGAACUUGUCGUUACCCCGGUAGUGGAUUAUCUCUUUCGAGAAAAGUUGCAUGUCAUAGAUACGGAUCGGCUCGCACUUGUCGGCAAUUCUUUGGGCUCCUACCUUGCUUCUCGUGCGGCGGCCUUCGAGCACCGAUUUUCAGCGUUGGUUCUCAUUGACGGUAUGUGGGACUAUUUUCCUUCUUACGCGAACGCCAUACCGGCUGAGCUUUUGGGCAUGUUCGAGGCAGGCAACUUCACAGAAUUCGACCAGACGAUCUUUGAGUCCCGGGAAUCUGGAAAACUGUCAACCAUCGCCGGCUGGGGCCUGGACCAAGGCUUGUGGGCGUACUAUACACACUCACCAUCUGAUUUGUUCACCAAGGUCAAGCAGUAUCGAAUUCAGGAUUUCGUCGAUAAAAUCAAGAUUCCCGUGUUCGUCGGCGAUGGCGAGUAUGAUUCGCUUUACCCUGGGCAGCCGCAGCAGGUCAAAGAUGCUCUGGGUGAGAAGGCUACUUUGCAUCAUUUCAACGGGGUUGCUGGCUAUCACUGUCAGACUGCUGCUGGACAGGAGCUAGCAAGAGCCAUGUUUGCCUGGCUGAACAAGACUCUAAGCAAUGCUUGA